UGCAUCACUCAAGACUUACAAACCUCCCGCGGCAGAACCAGCAUCGCUCUCCGGGUCGCUUGGAGGAAGACGGCUGUGGGUCCCUCGGACAGAGAAGAAAUCUAGACUCGGUUGCUUAUUUGGACUCGGCUCCCCCCUGCCUCGGUUCUGAUGAGGAUCUCGUCCAACAUGAGGACACCUUUCAGAAGCGGUUAAACCAAGCGAUAUUCACCGGCUCGUGCACUACAUUCAAUCCGGGUUUUUGGCUGGUUUUUGGGGCGAGACUACCCCCCUGGGAGCAGAGCUUCACGCCGGACUGGGAUCGGAACUGGGUAUCCAUGUGCUCUGGUUUGCCCGACUACAGCUUCAGGAUGCCAAGUAUAGGGUUCCAGAACCUUCCACUCAACAUCUAUAUUGUGGUGUUUGGGACGGCCAUCUUCGUCUUCAUCCUCAGCCUCCUCUUCUGCUGCUUCUUGAUACGGGUACGACACCAGGCGCACAAAGAGCUCUAUGCAUACAAGCAAGUCAUUCAGAAGGAAAAAGUCAAAGAGCUAAAUUUGCAUGAGAUAUGCGCCGUGUGUUUGGAAGAGUUCAAGCAGAAAGACGAGCUCGGGAUUUGCCCAUGCAAGCACGCCUUUCAUCGGAAGUGCCUCAUCAAGUGGCUGGAGGUGAGGAAAGUCUGUCCUCUGUGCAACAUGCCAGUGCUGCAGCUGGCACAACAGGCCAACAGCAUGGACCCGGCGGUGCAGGUCCCGCAGCCCCUGCCGGGCAUCGAGAACCUGGUGUAGCAGACUCUCUCGAGAGCACUGGGCAGGCGCUUGAUGGUGCCAGGCCGCUCGUCCGACUGGAGCCGCCACCAGACCGGUAACACACCCUCAUCGCUCCGCCGCUUCUCGGAAGGACAGUGACGCAGAACUUGGUCGAGAAGUUCCAGUGGUUUGAAACCAAAGCACUUUUCCCGGAUGAGGAGGAAAACAAAAACACAAAGCCAAGAAAUACAAUACACUUCAGUCUAGUUUUCCUUUAACAAGCACUUUACGAAAAAAGAAUCUAACCUUAAACGCUUGUGUAGCAGUGUUACGUAUUUAAACAUUAACUAUGAACUCACAGCAGCUGCCGCGGGAAGGUGACACACAUCGAUGCACUCACACACUAUAGUGUGGGGUCGUUGAAUUGUCCCCGUGUUUGUGUUUAUUUAUUAUUGUGUCGUAGCACAAUGAAGGCGCCACCUACACACAGAAAUCCUUUCAGCCCUGUUGCACUCAUAGACUGUUCCGUAACAUGAAAUCCUAAAUGUUCCUCUCUAGAAAGUAAUACACAUGUCUGACAUAAACAUGAGAUGAUUCAGUUUGUUGUCAGUCUGAAGGAGUCACAGUUGCAGCUAUUUCUUUCUUGGGUGAUAUUUGCCGACACAAUGAACAAACAGAGUCGAGAUGACUCGGGCUCAAUGAAGUGAGGAAGCAACCCUUUACACAUGGCUUCAAGGAUCUUCUCUAGUGUCUGAUGGAAAUCAAAUUAGCAUUUUAGCAUUAGUAUCUUCUUCUGCACAUCCUCAGAUCAAACCGAAAGAGCAUUUUAACCAGAACAACAUUCAAAUUCCUCCCAGAAAGGACUCAGGUUCGCUCCCCUCUAUGAGUUGCCUCAAGUUGGAGUUGAACCCAUGACCUUCUAACCGUGAGGUCGAGCACUAACCAUGACCCCGCCAUGCAGCCUAUAUUAUAUAAAUGACAGUUGCAGCUGUAAUUUUCAACCAAAGUUUCUCAGAUUAGCUGCUCAGACUCACCUGAUUUUUUUUCCACAACAAAAACAUGACCUGAAUUUAGAUCACCUUCAUGUCUGUUUUUUUUUUCAUCUUGAGUCCCCUUCAUUCAUGUUACAGAUCUCCAUUUAAUAUUCCAAAAAGGUCAUUGAAGUGACGUUUGUAAGGUCAGAAGUCCUGAAGUACUGCUGCUCUAUGUCUAUCUCUUGACACAUCUGUGGGAUACAUCACAAGUAUUAUCAUCAUUGGAAGGAAAUACUGGUACACCUGCGAUGCGAGACAGAAGUGCUCCUGUAAAUAUGUAAACACAAACACCUGGAGGUAUCUUAAUCUCCUGUGCAGUACAUAACACAUAGAGCAUUGGUAAUAAAAAUGUAACUAUUUUAUAUCCAAAUUUACCAGAAACGCACUCGUUCCUUUGCUAAAAAAAUGUUUUAUAUUUUACCGUGAGAACAAUCCACUACUGAAACUGAGCAACCAGAUUCAUCUGAACUUCAGUCUUAUGAGUCGAGUUCUUCCUGUUGAAGGUAUGAAAUUGGGUUGUAAUAACAUUUUUUGGCUUGUCAGAGCCUGAAGCUGUUCAAUCUCGUUGUUCAUCAGCCUUAUACGACCCAAAUGGUCGAGUCACUACUAAUUCAUUGUGUAUAAACAGUACACAAAGUCCUUUUGUAAUACAUUUUGUGGCUAUUCGUUCCCCACUGUUCAUCUCUGCGUUCGAACCGUCUUAAUUUGAGCAUUGAAUGUACGUUACGCAAGCGUGAGAGCACGUUGUUUUCACCAAGUGGCCACUUGUAUCACGGCAUCAGAACUAAAGCUGCGUGUUCAUAUAUUGUUGACGCUAUAUGGAAGCCCUUUUAUCUUGAGUGUUGUGUUUCAAUGUUAACACUUGAAUCCUCGUCCACUUUUCCACGUCGAAGUGCCAAUAUGAGUUCAAGUGUGUGCCAAUCACGGAAGUUAAGACUCUCAUUUUGGGAUAAAACGGCGGAUAAAUGUAAGAAGCCUCGGCUAUAAAUGGAGUCAUGAUGACUUGUAGCUAUUGACGUCAGUGCUGCUGUGAGAGAUGAUGAUUAGACACAAUCCUGUGGAACGUCACCACCAGCAACAGCCUUCAAGUACUCGCCCCAACUGGGAGUCGGCAGCAGCACAAAGUCCCAUGGAAUUUGACUCCUGAUCUCCACCACUGCCUUCCCAAAGUGAACUUUCUUCCUGUCUUAUUUAUUUGUCGUGUCUCUGUCAAAAAAUGAAUUACCCCCAUAUACACACUUCUUUUUUUUUUAACACUGAUUAUGUUUGUGGAAUUCCACAGACAUUGUUUGUAAAACUAAGAAUUCUGCAGCAGAAUAUUUUUGGAGAUAAUUGCUGUACAGUAUUUGUAAGCUCUAUUUUUGUAUAUUUGCUCUUCUAAGACAAUAAUGUGUGGAUUUCCUUUUCCUUAUUUUUGCUAAUUUCAUGUUGAUUCAUUGUAGAAAGAAAUGUUGCAUGUGACAGACUUGAACUGUAAAUAAAGAAAAAGGUGUUGCCCUUAA